AAUAACUGUGAACAUUAGAUGUCACUGAGUUUAAAAUGGCGGAUGCUAGGAAGAUUGUGUCUGACGCUAUAGAAGGGGAAAAGGAGCCCCUGAGGUCUAUUGCUCACCAGCUGUGGUCUAAUCCUGAGCUGGCAUAUAAAGAGAAGGCCGCCCAUAAACUAUUGACUGACUAUUUAGAAUCAAAAGGAUUUAAAGUGGACCGGAGCUACUGUGACAUAGAAACUGCUUUUAGAGCAAGGUUUGGAUCAGGGUCUCCUCAUGUGUGUGUGAUCUGUGAGUAUGAUGCCCUCCCUGAGAUCGGUCAUGCUUGUGGUCAUAACCUCAUAGCAGCUGCUGGUCUUGGAGCUGGUGUAGCUAUCAAAGCAUACCUUGAGUCCAGUGGUACCCCGGGUACCCUUACAGUCCUGGGUACUCCUGCAGAAGAGGGUGGGGGUGGUAAGGUACUCUUGAUGGAUAGAGGUGCUUUCAAUGACUUUGAUAUUGCUAUAAUGGUCCACCCUGCUCCUGUUGAGAUUAUUGUUGGUUAUAUUAAUGCUCGGGUGACCCUUUCGGUUGAGUUCACUGGUAAAGCAGCUCAUGCUGCUGCCUUCCCUUGGGAGGGAGUCAAUGCUUUAGAUGCAGCUGUACUGGCAUAUACUAAUGUCUCCCUCCUGAGGCAACAGAUGAAGCCAACUUGGCGUGUUCAUGCUGUGUUUACUAAUGGCGGUACAAAGCCUAACAUAAUACCAGAGAAAGCUUCUCUGCUAUACUACGUCAGGGCUCCUAAUCUAAAAGAGCUAGGGGUACUUCGUGGUAAAGUAACGUCCUGUUUUGAGUCAGCUGCUACUGCAACUGGUUGCACAGUUGAGAUAAAAGAGAACGAUGUGUCGUAUACGGACCUUCAUUCUAACCCAGUCCUAGCUGGUAUUUAUCGUAAACAUAUUGAGGCCUCUGGUACUGAGUAUACUUAUGAUGCCAAUGCCUCUUGGUCUACUGAUAUGGGGAAUGUCUCUUAUGUUGUUCCUUCAUUGCAUCCAACCUUUGCCAUUGGAUCAGGUGAGGUGAAUCACACUCGUGAGUUUGCAGCUGUUACUGAUAUACCCGAGUCCCACACUAAGACCAGAGUUACAGCUGUUAACAUGGCCCUCACUUGUAUUGAUGUACUGAAGGGAGGGGAGGAGCUGGUCAAGGAGAUAAAGGAGAAAUUUGUAGAGCAAGUUGGUACUAAAAAUAAUUGAUUAUUAACUUAAUUUUGUUUUUGCUUUAAAAUUUUUAUUUUAAAUCAAAAAUUUA